GCGAUAGAAAGAAACGUAACCCUAACUAAAGGUAGGUGGUCUAGCUAGCGAUGGAGGGGAAGAGAAGAAGAGGCGUAAACAUUCCACGUGAUAUAGUAGAAGAAAUUCUGGUGAAGGUACCUGUGAAGUCUCUGGUGAGAUUCAAAGUAGUGUCGAAAGAAUGGAGAAGAAGCAUAGAAUCAACGUGUUUCAUAGAGAAACACAUAAGGUAUCAGAAAUCUCUAGGAGGAGCGACGAUUCUUUCAACAGGAAGAAGAAGACGAAAUUGUCUCGUUCUAGAAAAGCUGUUGAUCACGCCUUGCAGUGGAAGCAUACAGACUUGUCCAUAUCUACCCAUCAAACCUUUUCGACCUACUUAUGAUUUCAAAGUCUCAGAGCCUUGCGACGGUUUGUUUUGUAUCUAUACCAAAACCAAUGAUCUUAAGUUUAACCUUGUCAAUCCUGCAACUAAUAGCCGCCGCAUACUCCCAGAUCCCAUCUCUACCCUCGAUGCAGUUUAUGGGCAAUCGAUGUAUUCGUUGCUAGGGAUCGGAAGAGAGAAUGGUGUGAUUCCAAAGCAUAAGCUAUUAUGGUUUUUCCAGUGUAAUGACAAAUUGGUGAAUGAAUUUACUAGGUGCAAGGUUUUGUCUCUUGACUCUAAUAGUUGGAGAUACGUAGAUCCACCCAACUGUCGAAUUUACUGUGACCAACCUAUAAUUCACUUGGAUGGAGUGCUCUAUUGCUUCAGCUUCAACCGCGAAGAGAUGGGUUACGGCCAACCGUGCAUCUGUAAACUACUAGCUUUUGAUCUUCACACAGAGAUGUUUCAUAGUUUUUCUACUCAGGAUUUGGAGUCUAGAGACUGCCGUGAAUUAAGCAUGUGUAUUCUUAAUCAUCGUCCAUGCAUCUUCAAGAAACGUCUUGGUAAUAACGACCUUCUCUUCAAAAUUUGGGGUCUAGACAUAAACAAGAGUUCAUGGGAAGUUAUGUAUUCCAUAGAAUUUUCUUGUUUUCCGCCAGAAUUCUACAAUAGGUUCAUCAUUCCGGUGGCAACAAUCAACGAUCAUGUUAUCCUCUCAAACUCUCGUCGUGACAUAUGGGUAUUCUACGGUUCCAAAACCCAUAUUUUUCCUUACAAAUUUACUGCUAGUAAAUACCAUAUGUCUUUUUUUGAGACACUGGUCUCUGUUUACCAAUAAGUUUGGUUAUUUGUAUGUCUUGAAUGUUUUAAUAGACAAGUAUUUUUUUAUAAACAGUUGAUGAGUUAUUACUUAA